AUGAAAGAGUUUCCCAGCAAGCUAUCUGCUUCCGGAUGGGACAUUGGCGAGAUCAAGGCCUGCCCAACAGUGGGCUUCAGCGGCACGAACGACUCAAGGGUCAUCCUCCCUUUGAGCGUCGAGCAGCUGGAUCUCAAGGACCAAACCCACACUAAUGCUUUGGUUCUGGAGUACGUCUUACAAGCUGAGAAUUCAGUUGCAUUUGUCCCGGUUCGCAGCAGCCAGCAUUCCGGUUCAGAUGCACAAGUGCUAUUGAGCAUGGUUGUGCAAUCGGAUCGAUCGACGCGUGUCAUUCUAGAUGUUGGCGCGCAGAUCCUGGAACUUACUAACCACGAGGUCGCCCAAUCUUGGUUAAACAUGAUUCCAGAAGAUAAGCAAAUGCAGGCUGUUGUUUUUGUCAACGAUGGUGACGAGAUCUGUGUUGUGGACCGAACCGGGCUUGUUGAACCACUGCAAACUUCCCCAUUUGCCAGUCAGUCAGAGGUAUGCCUGGUCUUCCUCGACGAAGCCCACACCAGAGGUAUCGAUUUGAGGUUACCUGACAACUAUCGAGCGGCUGUCACCCUGGGAGCUGGCAUAACAAAGGACAAGUUGGUUCAAGCAUGCAUGAGAAUGCGUAAACUGGGCAAGGGACAUUCUGUUGUGUUCUGCGUCCCAGGGGAGAUUCAAAUCAAAAUUCUGUCUCUAGUUGGGAAGCCAAGUGGGUAUAGUAUCGGAGUAUCGGACGUGCUUCGUUGGGCUAUCUCGGAGACCUGGAUCGAAAUGCAGCGGAGUAUACCUCUGUGGGCAGUCCAGGGGCAGCGAUUCGAACGCCAAUCUGACAUAUGGCGCAAGGCCCGGCAUGACGGCGAGAUCGAAAUGUCCAAAGCCCAAGCUGCAGAGUUCCUUGAGCCUGAAUCUCAAACACUUGAGGAACGAUAUAGACCCCGCAAGGACAAUGCCACGCCUCCUAUCAUCGCACCUGCAGCUGACCACAACAACGAAAACAUUCGUCUUAUCUUAGAGAGGUGCCGCCAGUUUGCUGAUGUAAACUUCUCUUCUACUCAACUGCAAGAAGAACAGGAACGGCAGCUGGCGCCAGAGAUUGAACAGGAAAGACAAGUCCAGCGGCCGCCAUCCGCGAAACCAGGAAGACAUUCUAUCCACCCAGAUGUACGGGCAUUCAUUUGCACUGGAACUCUUAUUCGAUCUUCCCAAGCCUUCAUUCCCGCUUUCCAGGUGCUGAAAGACACAUCGGCCAGCAAGUACCUUUCAGUGACUCAGUUCCCAGCCGAUCUACUCGUCACUCGUGACUUCGCCCGGACAGUCCAGAUUUCUGGGGGCCUAUCUUCCGUCUUGGAUGAUUACCAGCGGCCCGUCCAGUGGGUCUUGACGGGCUCUGCGACUGGCUCAGGAAACAAGAGAGUUGUGAAGCACAUGGUCAUCAUAAGUCCGUACGAGGCAAAUAAGCUCAUGUCUGACAUUCUGAGGUCUAACGCUGUGGCUAUGCACUUGUACGCACCGCGUCAAAAUCGAAGCUACUCGCCCCUCGACAGUCUCGACCUCUACACUUGCCACCCAGGAGCUUUACUUAUGAAUGAUAUUCCAACUACACUGAGGAUUCAGCUUAACCUAUUCGCGGGUCAACUGUACAUCUCGUCUUUCGAUGAAUAUCGCCAGAUAUGCAAAUUCCUCGGACUGGCAUCCACCGCAACGGCAGAAGGCGUGACUGUUGCCGCCGACGGAUUUAUCGAAUCAGCAGCAAACGGUCCAGAAAUGCCAUCCACCUUUAGGUCCAGUCCGCUCAAAUUCCUUAUGGUUCUCAUGUCCCAAAUUAGAAGAGAUGGUCAGGAGAUCGACAAGACUCACGUUGGACAAGUUCUGGAUGGAAAGUUGCUACGUUUUGAUGACUUUCAGGAUAGUGACGACUAG